AAUUCACCGCGCUUGGUCGUAUUGAAUUCAUAGCUGAUUUUCUCUUGUCUCUUCCUUUGCUUCUUCCCUCUUCCCUCCAUAACAAGAGAAUAGGAUGGCUACAUUGCGAUGCAAAUUCAUCAUCUCCUGAUGGCUUGAUCAAAUCAGACGCACGAUGAUCGAGGCCAUGCGUCACCGCCCCAGGAGCGCCCUGGUUCUGGCCUUCCUGCUCGGCCUGGUGAUCAGCUACCUGAUCAACUUUUUCCUGACCCUGUGCUAUAUCGCACUACUGGGGGGUAGCUGCGCCCUGACCAUAGGAAUCAGGAGGUUGGGCAUAGGAAGACAACAGAUCUUCGAUGUGUUGCACCUGCCAACGGGCGCUCGUGACCUGAUCAACGAUGUGCUGCCCGCGGCUUCAAAGGACCAGACGUACCGUUUUCAGCCACGAGAAGCCCUAGACAGCUUCAAAUUCGUGGGAGCUGACCUGUUCGACAUGUCGAGUGGCGGAAGUAGUAGCAGUCCGAUACAACAAAUGAGGAGGACUGAACAACUGGCCUCACCCAACCGGCAACAGGGCAAAUUCGCCAGGAUGCAGCCGUCCACGCCCGGUCCUGCUCUGUCCACGACUCGAUUCCGCAGCAACCUUAACUUCAUCUUGGAUGCUGAGGUCAAUAGUCCUGGCUUUACAAAUCGUGUUGUCAACUACCAUCGACAGGAAAAUGUGUCCCAGGAUAGUCCAAUUUCCCCUAGAACUCAAAUUGGGGAGUUCCGCAACAUCAAACUGCACCAGGAGUCGCCUCCUACGAGGAAAAUGAAUUUGUCAUCUCAAGUUGGUUUGCCUCUCAUCAUUUCCUCUCCUGUAUCACCGCCAAACAUUUAUAGCCAGUGUUUGCCUCCUGAGGAUAAGAGCAAUCAAACAGAGCCCUCGCCGUCAGUGUUGGAGGCUUUAAAGGAGAUUUCAAGGAAGAGAAUUUCUAAUGAAGACCCUCGUGUGCCACCAGUUGCAAAGAGGUACAAGAACGACUUCAUAAACUCAGUUGCUGAAUUCCCUGCUGUCAUCAAGGAGACGACUUCCCCAGCCCCCAAAACUGUUAGCAAACGAGGCAGAGAGCACAUAGAAGUUACUCCUGAGCAAAGUCAGUCAAAAAGCAAACAAGCGAGAGUGGCGAAGUGUAAUGAGAUCGAAGCUUCUUUGAGCUCUUCACGGAUGUACCAGGCGCAAAGGGCCACGGCUAAGAAAAGGAGAGCCACAGCUACUCCUCAGCAAGAGCCGCAAUCAAAAACAGUUAGGACAGAUGAGCUGUUGGAGAAAACUCCAGAGCAGGCGGCAGUGGUGGUGCAGGAAGAGAAGAGCUCCCCGCGACCCUUAUUCAACGUUACAACAUCUGCAGAGCCAAAGCCGACAUUAGACACUCCAAAACGGAAAAUUAUUUCCGAGGAAAUAUACUCGCCCAUCAAGCUGCAGGAGAAAGGAAAGGCGAGCAAGUUACUGUCUCAAAGAGAGCUGCGAGAGAAGAAACUCAGGGAGUUUUACGAACAACUCAAAGACUACCAAGAGCCAGAAGUGGUCGAAGUUAAGAAAACGCAAGGGCAAACCCCUGUGUCGACACCUGUAGCCGUGACCAGUGCCAUUACCUCCAUGAGCUCAGCCACCACCGUGACCACCUCCAUCCAGGGGCCCAUGGUGUCCUCUGUGUCACCCAUGUUCAAGUCCGCUCCUAUCACCCAGCAGGCUGCGUCCACUAGCACAGAGCCGACUACGGCCGUCAUGAGCCCUGCCACCACAGCUCCUGUCAGUGAGAAGCAAGCAGCGCCGGUCUCUGCUCCAGCACCAUCUUUCAGCCUGUCUGCAAAGACGGACGCAGUUAAAACCGUAGCGGCUCCUACAUUCAACUUCGGCUCUAACACCGCCGCGGCCACGACCUCUGCACCAAAUUUCAGCUUUGGGUCAAACACCAAGACAGUCGAAACCACCAGCGCUCAGCCGAACUUUUCCUUUAGCUCAACUUUGAGCACAACUGCUGCAGCUCCUGUUGAAACCCCAGCGGCCCCGAAUUUCAAUUUCAGCUCAAUUUCCGCCACUACCACUUCCACAACCAGCGCUGUUCCAGCUUUGUUCAAGGCCACCACGACCAGUGCUGCGCCCGCUCUGUUCUCUGCGAGCACCACCGCCACUCCAGCCUUCGGUACAAGUACCACGUCCGCCUUUGCGUUCGGAGGAACGACAGCGACGACCUUUGGCUCGCAGACCACAACCCUGCCCUCGUUUGGGGCGGCCAGUACAACCUCCUCCAGCGCCUCGAUCACCAGUGGCUUUGGAGUGACCACCACUACGGCUUCCACACCUGCUUUUGGCACAACUAAAACGUCAACCCCUGCGUUUGGGUCUUUUGGCUCCAGCUCUGCACCGCUUGCUUUCCCGGCACCUAACACAGCUGCUCCUGCAACCUUCGGCGCUCCAAGCACGACUGCCUCAGCGGCCUUCGGGACCUCAACCACUGCUGCUCCCGCAUCCUUCGGAGUUCCAACCGUAGCAACCUUUGAGGCUACGACCACAGCUGCUCCCGCCUUUGGAGCUCCGGCCACGACCGCCCCUCUUGCAUUUGGGGCUGCGACCACCGCCGCCCCUCUUGCAUUUGGGGCUGCGACCACCGCCGCCCCUCCAGCAUUCGGGGCUGCGACCACCACCGCCCCUCCUGCAUUCGGGGCUGCGACCACCGCCGCCCCUCCAGCAUUCGGGGCUGCGACCACCACCGCUCCUCCAGCAUUCGGGGCUGCGACCACCGCCGCUCCUCCAGCAUUUGGGGCUGCUAUAACCACCGCCUCACCAGCAUUUGGCAACUCCAUUUUCGGUGCUGCCGGCGCCACCACCACAACAGCUUCAAGCACGUUUGGCUCUGCGUUCUCUUCCAGCACAGCAUUUUCCUCUGGGGCCGCUUCUCCGUUUGGCGGUGGAGCUGCGGAUGCUAAGCCAGCAGGCUUUGGCGCCUUCAAACCUACCGCGGGCACCACUGCUGCUGCCCCGACGCCUAGCUUCUCAUUCAACCCGGUCACCACAACCACCACUGGUGGCCUCUUUGGCAAUUCAUUCUCUGCCACUCAAAACAACACUUCUUCCUCCAUUUUUGGCUCUUCCGCGCCUGCUGCCUCCGGUUUCGGAAAGCCUCCAGAGCAUGCGCCUCUGCCAACCAAUUUCAAGUUUGGCGGCGACAAGACGGACACGUCCCCCUCGGCGGCCGCCAGCAUCUUCGGCGUUCCUCCAACCCAGAAUCCGUUCGGUGGAGGUGGUUCCACCAACACCGCCCCUGCGGCAUUCUCCUUUGGACAGGCUGCGCAGCCGGCCGCACCGGCUUUCAACGCCGCUCCCUCAACCGGGGCCUUUGGUUUUGGCACCAGCUCAACUCAGCAGCAGCAACAACAAUCACAACAGCCUGGUGCUUUUGGAUUUUCAGCCACCCAGCCUGCGCAGUUUCAACCGAAUCAACCCCAGCCAGGUGUUUUCACUUUGGGCACUUCUGGCACUCGUCGCCCCGCUCUGCAAGCAAGAAGAAGGAGAUGAAAGUAUAACUAACAGUGAACAGUGGAAAUUUGAUAGAUACAAUGACAUGCUUUUACAUGUCUCAAGUCGAACACUUGUGGAUUAAUUUUUGAAAGUGCUAAUGCUCAUCUAGUUGCACAUCUGUUUUUUGGUUUUUAACAACGCAACUCUAGGAAUUUGUAUCGCUGAUCAACAAAAAAAUAAUAAUGUAUGAAACUAAUUAAUUAAUAAAAGAGGCUGAUGAUUUGAAGAAA